AUGAUAUGCCGCACCUGCCUUCGGGCAUCAAGGGUCUCCCAAUUCCCCCUGAAGAACAAAACUCCCCGCCACCAACCACGCCAACAACAAGCCCAACGCUUCCUCACAACCACUCCAACCCUUUACUCCACAACCGCAACCUCGACCUCAUCCGCACAGCCCUUCAGCGCACCCCUCACUCCCGCCCCCUCCCCCGAGCUGAAAGCGCAAGCUGCCGAAAGCGCGGCAGCAGCCAAGAAGAAACCGUCGGCAGGGCCCCUUGUGAAGAGCAGUAUACCGGCCGGCCAACCGCUCAAGGGGCUGAACUUUUUGAAGAACGCGCAGGAUCCCGUGGCGUUGGCGGAUGAGGAGUAUCCGGCCUGGUUGUGGACGGUUUUGGCGCGGCAGGAGAGUAAGGGGGAUGUUGGGGGCGCGGGAGAUUUGUUUUCCAAAUCCAAAAAACAACGCCGUCUCGCCGCAAAACGGUUGCGCAAGGAACAAGCAAUGAACCCGGAAAUGCUGGUCCCCAAGGUCCCCAUCUACGAACAAACAAUCGACUUGCCCGCCGGCGACGGCAGUCUGGCCGGCGCAAUUGCCGCACAGGAUGCGCGCGAGCAGUUGACAAAGGCGCUGCGGAAUAAGCGCCGGGCCGCUAUCAAGGAGGCGAAUUUCUUGAAGGCUAUGGGGUAG